ACCAGGUACCCAAUUUCUUCUUCAACUGUUCUUCUUCUUUCUUUCUUUUUUUUUUCUUCUAUAUUCUACCUGAUUAGGCUUCUGCCUUAUGUUUGUUACCCAAUUUCUUCUUAUUUGUGUUACGCCUUCUGCCUUCUGUUAUGACUUCUGCCAAUUUUUUUUGGUUAGACUGUGUAUCUGUGUUGUAUUAUAACACUAAUUAAUCCCAUCCAAUAACAAAUCACUCGAUGCUAUGCAAAUAUUUAAGGUAAAGUUGGCCAUUUCUGUUGUAAUAUAUACAAGAAUGAGUGUAAUAAUGUCUGUCACAUAUUUAGAAUAAUAGCAAAAGCGUUGAAACUACAAUUGAAAUGUUCAAAAUGCUUACAAAUUUUUUUUAUCAAUGGGAAAUUGUAAUAUUUUGUCCCUCCUAAAAAUUGUAAUAUUUUGUCCAUCUUUUGUUCAUAAUAGCAGAGAAUUUAUACCUGUUUGUUUGUACGGGUAAUACCCUUAACUUGAAAUGUUCAAACUGCUUACAAGUUUAAUGUUAAUGUCAUUAUUGUUUAAGAAUUAAAAGGAUGUGAGUAUGUUAUAAUGAAUGUCUAUUACGGUUAAGUAGUAAAGCAAAUACUGCAAUAUUAAUUAAUUUUAUUAUUGGUAAUGAUAUAAUUACUGUUUUUCUGAAGCUAAUUACAUGUUAUUUUUUGAAGCUAAUUACAUGUUAUUUUUAUCAGAAUGACUGUUUUGCCCCUGGAUUACAUUCGAUAAAUCAGAAUGAUUGUUUUGCCCCUGGACUACAUUCAAUAAAUCAGAAUGACUGUUUUGCCCCUAGAUUACAUUUAACUUUUAUAACAAAAAAAGUUUAUUAAUUAUUGGUAAAUUUUAUAAUUACUGUUUUUUGAAGCUAGUUACAUGUUAUUUUUUUGAAGCUAAUUACAUGUUAUUUUUAUCAGAAUGACUGUUUUGCCCCUGGAUUACAUUCAAUAAAUCAGAAUGAUUGUUUUGCCCCUGGACUACAUUCAAUAAAUCAGAAUGACUGUUUUGCCCCUAGAUUACAUUUAACUUUUAUAACAAAAAAAAGUUCAUUAAUUAUAAUUAAUAAAUCAACUCUUUAUAAUUACAUGUUAUUUUUAUCCAUGUUGUUUAAAUUUAACUCAAACUAUUUGAUCAUGUAUCAGAAAAAGGGAUUAGUUCAUAUAUAGUCCUUAUGGAUACUCUGGUACUCAACCCUGCUUAUGCUUUAUGAGCCCGACAAUUGCAAGUCGUUAACUUGAUUUGCUUGUUGUUGACUUUUAUUACACAACGUAAUAUGGCCAACAAAAAUCGGGUUAGGUUACCCACUAGAAAAGUUAGUUUAGAAAGACAAGUUGUACGGGAAGAGUUGCUACACAAUCUUUUAGAAGGUGGUCAAUAUCGUGACCUUAUUCGUAUGAGUGAAAAUGCUUUUAGGAGAUUGUGUGAAAUCUUACAAACUGUAGGUGGUCUACGACGUACGCAACACAUGUCCGUUGAGGAACAUGUUGCUAGAUUUUUGCAUAUUGUAAGUAAUGAUUUGCGAACUCGGUUUACCUCGUGGAUGUAUCGUCGCUCUAGAUCUACAACGAGUAGGUGCUUCCAUAGAGUAUUACGAUCGAUUAUAGCAAUAGUAGGUAUUUAUAUUCAGCAACCUACAGGUGAUGUUGUCCCGACAGAAAUUCAAGAAAGUAGGAGAUUUUAUCCUUUUGUCAAGGAUUGUAUAGGGGCACUAGAUGGAACUCAUGUUCUUGUCCAUGUGCCUAACAAAGAUGCCCCUAGAUACCGUGGUCGUAAGGGAUACCCGACAAUAAAUGUAUUAGCUGCUUGUACAUUUGAUUUGAAGUUUACGUAUGUGUUAACGGGUUGGGAGGGUACUGCAUCAGACUCGAGAAUAAUAAAGAACGCAUUUACUAGAGAUGAUAAACUACUAAUUCCAUCAGGUAGAUAUUGUUUACUAGAUGGGGGUUUGCCUCAUACGAAUAAACUAAUGGUGCCAUAUAGAGGUGUUAGAUAUCAUUUAAAAGAGUACUCCAUGCGUGGUCCACAAAAUUCUAAAGAGUUGUUUAAUCUUCGUCAUGCUUCCUUACAUAACGCCAUUGAGCGAGCUUUUGGUGUCCUUAAAAGAAGGUUUCCUAUCAUUCGAAGUACAAUGGAACCAUUUUACUCUUGUGAAACACAAUCUAUCAUAUUUUUGGCAUGUUGUAUUCUACACAACUUUUUAUUAGAUGAAAACCGCGACAUAAAUCUUGAAGAUGAGGUGAUACAGGAGAUCUUAAACGGACGACAAGAGAAAGAUCGUCGUAAUUCAACAGAAACAUAUGAGGAUAAUACUAGGGCAGAUCAACUAAGGAAUUCAAUUGCAAAUGAAAUGUGGGCAAAUUAUUUGGCACAUUCAAACAAUUAAAUUAAUAUGUAAAACUAGUUUCAUAUUGAUGCAUUUUGUUUUCAAUUUCACAUUUUAGUGAGGAUUGGUUUUUGAGAUUAAUUAUG